AUGGCGGUCUCCUCUGGUGUGCUGUGGUCCUUUAUAUGUUUAUUCUGUAUAUUUCUCUCGUUUGAUGUCGUGACUGCAGACGAAAAUAUUACGAAACAGACAUUUAAUGUAACUGCGUCUGGUGACUAUAAUGUCACUUUUAAUGUUACUGACAAUUCUACAACUAGACAGCCUACAGAGCUUGUGGCCACAGAACCGACACCGAGCUACAUAAGCACGGAGGAGCCCGUUCAACCAACCGCCCCCGCUAAGCCCCUGCCCGUCUCCGGCCUCCUGCUCAUUCCUGCUUCUAACGCUGGCAGCGUGUGUCCCUGUGACGAACACACGGGUGUGUGUGACAUCAACUGCUGCUGUGACAGAGAGUGCAGUGAGGAGGUGGCUCUGUUCACCGGCUGCUCCGUGCGCACUGUCAGUGCCAACAAGCAGCUUUGCAGCUGGGAUGCAGCAUCUUACUCUUUAGGCAGUACCAUAGAUGGCUACUCAGAGCUACAGCUGUCUGUCACGAAGGAGACGAAUUACGACAUUUUCUGCAUUAAGUCACAAAACCGUAUUGAUGGAUUAUCCCAUCCCUCACCUGCUCUUCCCACCGACAACAACUUUGACUCACUGUUUAAACAAUUUACCAGCUUUAUUUUCGGCUUGGAGGAAAACAGUGGUCAGGUGUCCACUGCAGAGAACCAGACCUCGACUGGAUACCAGUACGGGGAUGAGAUGGUGACGGCAGGGCAGAGUGGAGAGAGAGGGGUUUUCUGGCUGCCAGCUCCUGGUGUCACUGCUGAUUGUGUGGACACGAGUCCUGCAGCAUUCUUGAAGGAUCAGAGCGGAGGCUGUUCCCGGCGUACGGUCCUGGAUCAGGACUGCAGCACUCUGCUGGCCUUCAAUAUGGACACCUACACGAACGUCCAGCUCUUUGCCGGGAAGAAUAAAGAUGCAGCAGUUGUUCCUGUGGAGGUAGCCUCAGUCAUCCUGCAGUCUGUGGAUGGGACUCAGACUGAGCUGAAGAUGAGUGGAGGAGAAAACCUCAGUCCUGUUCUCCUGAGCCCAGACCUCUGUGCUAAUGUGGUGCUGAAGGUUGUGUAUGUGAUGAAGUACAGCCCAGCCGGGGAGAUAACGAACGUGACGGCGUCUCUGGUGCUUGGAUUUGUCCGUGCAGCAACAUUGCCCUUGAGACAGGAGUUUCAGAUCACCUUUGUCCAGCAGCAUGGUGAGGACAUGGCUGUCCAGUACAGUGGAAACCCAGGUUAUGUGGCCGGGCUGCCUCUUGUGUCUGGAACAAGAACAGCAGAGGGGAUUGUCAGAAGCAUCGACCCCAGAGACACACUGUCUCUUCUCCACAGUGCUGAGGACCAGGACUGUCUGCGGGGUCCACAUCGGCGCUCCCCUGUCCUGUUCGGUCUGGAUUCCGUGUCUGGAUGCACAUUAAGAUUGGAGGAUGCUACCAACUGCUCCCUGGUCUCCCAGCUGCUUUUAGAUGUUCUGCGUGGACCAAACUACCCCCAGUAUGUGGCUUCUUUUGGAAACUCCCCACUGAACAAUCCACUGGACUGGGUGCAAAUCAAGAACAACUUCAUUCCUGGGGAAGCCCAGAGUUGCAGCAUCCCGUUGUCAUUUCAUUUAGAAAUUGAGUGGACCAAAUAUGGAUCCUUGGUGAACCCCCAGCCUCAGAUUGUGAGCGUCAAAGAAGUUAUCCAAACCAACACCAGCAGCUUGGCUGUGUUGUCCAGUGGCAGCGGGUCCCUGCCAGUCAGAAUAUCAGUGGCCUUCUUACCAGUGUCUGCUGCUGCUCUUCCUGGUUACAGAGCCAUGCCCACCAUCGAUGCCAAACUACCCUUUGACUUCUUCUUCCCUUUUGUCUGAUCCAACAGUUACCUAACAGUCCAUACAGCUCAGCACUGUAGGCUAAUGUUUACCAUACACACUGGUACAUUGUAUUUAUGACAGCAAACACUGUUUGUAUGAUCAGUCUAUCACUGUAUACUGUGAAUAAUGUAUAUAGGAGUUUUGUAAGUAGAACACUUUUUUAAUAAAUGAAAUCAU